AUGCCAGCAUGUGAUGCAACCGACACGCUCGUGGAUAAAACCCCCAUGUAUCGCGUCGGUGCCAACGUAGUCAAGAAGCUACGUGCUGUCACUGUAAACGCAAAACCCAAAGCGAUCACGAUUUGGCCGCAGAUAAGAAAUGUCGGUGUUGAGGAGAAGAAAAUGAAGAGAGAUCCCAAGACAACCACAACUCCACUGACUACAGUGAUACGCUUGUCAACCUGUGCCGAGUGCACUCUUCUCCGCCUGAGAUAUCGUGAGAUGCUAGGAAUGAUAGCGAAAAGCACAAGCAUAUUAGCUCCGGCUCUUAAUGCAAUGAGAUAA